GUGCGGCGCUGACGGGACGGGACCGCCGCGACCUUCACCCAGCCUGGCCGCUGGCAGCAGCAUGGAGAAAGGACCCUGGCAUCCCGCCCGCUGCCCUGUGCCCCCGCGGUGGUGCCAGGCCGCAUCCAGAGCGGUUGGGGUGCCCCGGUGCUGUCCGUGACCCCGUGCCGAUGGAGAGGAUGAGCUGGCUGAGCAAGCUGACCCCACGGGCGGGUGGGCAGCGAGCCCCCCGCAGCGCCAGCCUGCAGCCCCCCGUCACCGCUGACCCCGAGACCUGCCUCAUGGUCUUCAAGAACCACUGGGCACAGGUGCUGCGGAUCCUGGAGCGGCGCGGGAGCAAGCCAGCCCCCGAUGACCUCAGCGCUGUCCGCAACAACACCUACCAGAUGCUGAACCUGCUGGCUGAGGACCGGCCCUGGGGGGAUGGGGACAAGGACAGGUCACAGGGGGACGGGGACAUGGCCUGCGGGCCCAUCCUGGAGUUUGUGGCUGCUGAGAACCUGCUGGAGCGGCUCCUUUGCUGGCAUCUGCAGGGCGACUUCACCGAGGAGAGGAAGGUGGAGCAGCUGAAGCUGUACGAGAUGCUGAUCAGCCAGGCCCGGCAGCCCCUGCUGCGGCACAAGCCGGUGCUGACGCCGCUGCUGCGCCUGCUCAGCGUCUGCGCCGAGCCCGCCUCGGCCCCGCUCGAGAACAGCCUGGUACUGCUGCUCAACCAGCUCUGCGUCUCCGUGGCCCGCGAGCCGGCCAUCCUGGAGCUCUUCUUCCACAGCCACACGGACCAGGGCCCCGCCAACCUCAUCAUCUUCUCGCUCCUCAUCCCCUUCAUCCACCACGAGGGCGCGCGGGGCCAGCAGGCGCGUGACGCGCUGCUGCUCAUCAUGGCCAUGUCGGCCAGCAACCGCGCCGUGGCCCAGUCCAUCACCGACAACUCCUACUUCUGCCCGGUGCUGGCCACGGGCCUGAGCGCCCUGUACUCCUCCCUGCCCCGCAAGAUCGAGGUGCGAGGAGAUGACUGGCACUUCCUGCGGCGGGAGGACUGGAUCGGCGUCUCCUCCCUCGUCCUCUUCAUGAACUCGCUUGAGUUCUGCAAUGCAGUCAUCCAGGUUGCCCACCCACUGGUGCAGAAGCAGCUGGUGGAUUACGUCCACAACGGGUUCCUCGUGCCCGUCAUGGGGCCGGCGCUGCACAAGACCUCGGUGGAGGAGAUGAUUGCGAGCACAGCCUACCUGGACCUGUUCCUGCGCAGUGUCAGUGAGACAGCGCUGCUGAAAACCUUCCUGCGCUUCGUGCUGCUGCACCGGCACGACAACACCACCAUCCUGGACACACUGGUGGGCCGCAUCAACAGCAACUCCCGGCUGUGCAUGGUGUCCCUGAGCCUCUUCCGGACCCUGCUCAGCCUCAACUGCGAGGAUGUGAUGCUGCAGCUCGUGCUCAGGUACCUGCUGCCCUGCAGCCAUGUGAUGCUGAGCCAGAAGCGGGCGGUGCGGGACCUGGACAUCUACGGGAAGACAGCGGCGAAGUUCCUGUCGCUCAUCCCACGCUGCUGCCGGCCUGAGAGCCCCCCACCGCCCCGUGACCGGGACGAGGAGCCCCCUUCCCGGGCCAGGGGCCACGGCAGCCCCGGUGCAGACGCGCCCCCGGCCCCGAAGCCCUCCACGCCGUCCCGCCUCUCGUUCUUCAUGCGCCAGGCCAGCGCGGCCCCCGGGCCCGGCCCUGCCCCCCGGGACGGGGGGACUCUGGUGAACGGGGCGCACGGGGCGGCUCAGCCGGGGCGGCCGGAGGGGGAUGUGGUGGUGAAGAAGGUCCGUCGGAGCCCCCAGGGCGAGGGGGAGGGCGGCGGGGGGGCACCGAACGGGGCCCCUCGGGCACAGCCCCCUGGCUGGGAGCCUCUGCCCUCGGUGGACUCGCUCUUGGAGGAGCUGCUGGCCCGCGUGCCUGCCGAGGCCCCCGGUGCCGGUGUCUCCAUCGAGACCUUCACGGAGGAGCUGCGUGAGAUUGAGGCUGAGAUGCAGAACGGGGGUGUGGGGGCAGCCCCAGCCACCCCCGUGGAGCCCCCUGAGACACCCUUAUCCCAUGAAGAGGAGGAGGCCUUUGCCAGCUUCAGCGCGCUGCCCGAGGGGGACACGGGCGCCGGGCGGGCGCCGCCACGGCCCCCAGACCCCCUGGCGCAGGUGGUGGCCAGCCCGCCGCGGGCGGUGGGGCCGCCCCCCAGCCAGCCCUUCACAGGCCCCUUCGUGUCGGUGCUGUUUGGGAAGCUGGAGAACAUGCCCCACAACUCACUGUAUGUCAACUUCCUGCUGACGGGGCUGGUGGCCCAGCUGGCCUGCUACCCCCAGCCUCUGCUCCGCUCCUUCCUGCUCAACACCAACAUGGUCUUCCAGCCCAGCGUCAAGUCCCUUCUCCAGGUGCUGGGCUCGGUGAAGAACAAGAUCGAGAGCUUUGCUGCCAGUCAAGAGGAUUUCCCAGCACUGCUCUUCAAGGCCAAGAAAUACCUGAUUGCCCGGGGGCGGCUGGACUGGGCUGAGGGGCCUGGGGCUGUCCCUGCCCUGCGGCGCACUGACACUCUGGCCCGCAGCCGGAAGCCGUCCCUGGGGGAGCUGCUGCUGCGCCACGCCAACAGCCCGACACGUGCACGGCACGCGGCCCAGCUGGCACUGCAGGGGCUGCGGGACGGGGGGCUGCACCCCCUGGCCCCCCCGGCGCGGCACGGCGAGGCCCUGCGCGUUCGCAACGCCGUGUACUGCGCCGUCAUCUUCAGCGAGUUCCUCAAGGAGCUGGCAGCCAUCGCCCAGGCCCACGCCGUCACCUCCCCCUUCCUCACCGAGCCCCCUGAGGACUGACCCCCGGGCCCCCUUUUUAACCCCGGACUCGGACCUUUUUAAUUUAUUGGGGCAGAGCUGGGCUGAGGCCGGGCUGCACUUUGGACACGAGCGGCCGCCCCCGCCCCGCGCCCCGGGGGAGCAGGGCAGGACCCUGGAGCCCCCGGGGCUUGCGGGGCGGGGGUCGCGGGGCGGGCUGGCUCUGCCCCCCUCGGCCCCCUGGGGGUUCCUGGUGCCCACCCAGCCGCUCUCUAUGCAACCCCCGGGGUGUGGGGCUGGGGGGGCUGUGCAUGGGGAGGGGAUGUGUGUCUGUGCUGUGUAAAACCCUUGGGAAUAAAGGGUCUGAUUGAGGG